AUGCAAGCAGAUGUGGAUCUCUUUGAGACCUCGAACGGGAAUCUCUGGGAACAACCGAUUGAACUCGUCGAUGAGUUCUGUUACCUGGCUGUAUGCAGAAGAACAACGGCAGCUUCGAAAAAGAUAUCCAGCAAAGGUGCGCGAAGGCCUCAACAAAGUGGCUGUGGUCGACCUCCAUCACCAACGAUGUCAAGCUGCGAGUCUACCUAUCUGCAAUUCGCCCCAUCAUGGUGUACGGAUCGGAGACUUCUUAAGCUUCUUAGACGGCCGCUUGACUACUUUUGA